GGUGCUGUAGCUCAAGUGGUCAAGUGCUAACCUUGAGCAAAAGGAGCUUAGGAACAGUACGUAGGCCCAGAGUUCAAGCCCCAGGACCAGCACAAAAAAAUUGUUGCAUGAAUAGAGAAAAGUCAUCUCAGACAUCACUAUGUGUGGCAGAUGAAAGAAGAGGAAUAUGAGAACUAAGUACCCCUGGGAUGGCGUGAGCGCUCCCCCAGUGAUGGACCCAUCUGUGACCCUGUGGCAGUUUCUGCUGCAGCUGCUGAGAGAGCAGGGUAAUGGCCACAUCAUCUCCUGGACCUCACGGGAUGGUGGUGAGUUCAAGCUGGUGGAUGCAGAGGAGGUGGCCCGGCUGUGGGGCCUGCGGAAGAACAAAACCAAUAUGAAUUAUGACAAGCUCAGCCGGGCUUUGCGGUACUACUAUGACAAGAAUAUAAUCCGAAAGGUGAGUGGCCAGAAGUUUGUCUACAAGUUUGUGUCCUACCCAGAAGUUGCAGGGUGCUCCACAGAGGACUGCCCACCCCAGCCUGAAGUGACUGUAGCCUCUGCAGUGGUAAAUGUUGCCCCUGCUGCCACACAUGCUGCAUCCGGAGACACUGCCACCGGAAAGCCAGGUACACCCAAGAGUGCAGGAGUGGCGGGUCCUGGCAGCCUGGCACGCAGUAGCCGGAAUGAAUAUAUGCGUUCCGGCCUCUAUUCCACCUUCACAAUCCAGUCCCUGCAGCCACAGCCACAGGUACCUCCUCACCCUCGGCCUGCGUCGGUGCUCCCCAACACUGGCUCUUCAGGAGCAGCAGCACCCCCCUCAAGGAGCAGGAGUGCCAGUCCAAACCCCUUGGAGGCCUGCCUGGAGGUGGAAGAAGCUGGCCUGCCUCUGCAGGUCAUCUUGACCCCUCCUGAGGCCCCAAACAAGAAAUCAGAAGAGCUGAAUGUGGAGCCAAGUCCGGGCCGCCCAUUGCCCCCACAAGUGAAAGUAGAGGGGCCCAAGGAGGAGCUACAAGCUUCAGGGGAGGCAGGAUUGGGGCGGGAAGCUGCCAAGGGUGAUCCAGAAGUCCCGGCCACGGAGGGCCUGCAAGCCCGGCUGCCCACAGUACUUAUGGAAACAACGGCCCCAGUGGGUGGCCUCUCAGCUUCCACCUCUGAGAUUGCUCAGCCCCAGAAGGGCCGGAAACCCCGAGAUCUGGAACUUCCACUUAGCCCGAGCCUGCUGAGUGGACCAGGACCUGAGCGGACUCCCGGAUCAGGAACUGGCUCUGGUCUGCAGGCUCCGGGACCGGCGCUGACACCGUCUCUGCUACCUACGCAUACAUUAACCCCGGUGCUGCUGACACCCAGCUCGCUGCCCCCCAGCAUUCACUUCUGGAGCACCCUGAGUCCCAUUGCGCCCCGCAGUCCAGCCAAGCUCUCCUUCCAGUUUCCGUCCAGCGGCAGCGCACAGGUGCACAUCCCUUCCAUCAGCGUGGAUGGCCUCUCGACCCCCGUGGUGCUCUCCCCAGGGCCUCAGAAGCCAUGACUUCCAUCACCACCACCACUAACACCCCCUUCUGGGGUCACUCCAUCCAUACCCCUGAACUUCUCUCCAGCCAGCCAUCUCAAGGAGAAACAUAGAACAACUAAGUGACUUGUGCUUUGGUUGUGAUGGGGUGGGGAUUCCUGGGAAGAAGGAUCUCUCACUCACUAACUCUUCCACCGAAAACAUACAACUUCUCCCUUUGCCAAUCCUUCAGUGGCCGCCUUUACACGUCUCCUACUUCCAUGGUAGAGGCGGUUUAUUUAUUUAUUUUUUGAAGGCCACUGGGAGGAAUCUGGCCCGAUCCUUUUAGGGGGUGGUUGAGACAUUUCCUUAAUCUUCUCACUUUUUUAUCCUCAAGACAAGACAAUCGGGGUCUGGCUUGAGAAGGACCUUUCUUUAUUUCUCAGCCUGCGCUUGGGGAGAUGAGGGAGCCCUGUCAAUAUUUUGGGGUGUGGGUAGAAGAGAUAGUUUGUUUUAUUAUUCCUGGUUAUACCUAAGGGUCCAGGGAAGAAAUUGUACAGUUUAACAGUUUGAGAGUCCAUCAAGGAGGAAUUACACCCUUGGGAUAACAAUUCCCUCCUCCCUAACUUUUCUCUCAGACAGUUUAUCCUUUUCGCAACCAACAUUUUGGCCAGGGAAGAACACCCCUUUUGUUGUUCUUCCCACUGAGAAGCCAUUCCUUUGUCUGCCAAAUUCCCUGGGGUCCUGCCUGUUGCCUCCCAAUGGAGGGAUUUUUUUGAGUGGUCCCCGUCUGGGGGACCCCUCCAGCCAGUACUCCAGAUCUCCCUCUCUCCCACCCCUUGCCAUUUUGAUAGUAUAAUCUAUUUUUAAAUGGGGCUUUUCAAUAUGGGAGAGGGAAGCAUC